UGUCACUACUGUCAGCUGAUAUUAAUCAAACUAUUAAACAAGAGUGGUUAAUAAUUCCAAUAUGUAUAUGGUAAUUCUUGAAUAAAAACUUUAUAUAACUGAGAUCGUUCACACGUAUAUAAGAAUGGCAAAUGAUAGAGAAAUUCUCCGUGAAAUAUGGGAAGGUAAACUACCCAUUUGUUUCCGUUUAGACAGUGAUGAAGUGGUCCAUGUUCGAGAACCUGAUCCAUUCUACUUGAUGGUUCCACGACUCAGUUAUUUUCCCCUGGUAACUGACAAAGUCAAAAAACAUUUCGUUAAGUCCGUAGCUGCUGAAAAAUCGGACCAGGAGAUGUGGUUGGAGUAUAAUGGACAACCAUUGAAAUGGCACUACCCAAUUGGAGUAUUGCAUGACCUGUUGUUUGAUGCAGAUGACAUGCUCCCCUGGAACCUUACCGUUCAUUUUGAUAAGUUUCCUGAGACCAAGAUCUUCAAAUUCAGCAAUAAAGAAAUGGUGGAAUCCUAUUUCAUGGCAUGUUUGAAAGAAGCUGAUGUUCUAAAACACAGAGGACAAAUUGCCAGUAAUAUGCAGAAGAAAGAUCAUAACCAACUCUGGGUGGGAUUGCAAAAUGAUAAAUUUGAUCAAUUUUGGGCAGUAAACAGGAAACUGAUGGAAGUAACAGGGGACCAAGAGCACUUCAAAUACAUUCCCUUCAGAUGCUACAUUGAUGAAGGAUAUAAACAAAAAUUGGUGAAGCCUGUAACAGAAAAUGGUUGUAAGAAAACAUUGCAAGAUCUUCUGUGUGAAAUGUUUCCAGAUAAGAAAAACGGUAAAUUUGUCUUGGGUACUCUUUCUAAGAGUUGCAUUUGAUAUUCUUGAAUAACU